UUGGAUCUCGAAUUAACUUUAUAAUAAUGGGAAAAAAAUAUUAUUGUGACUAUUGCGAUGCUUCGUUUCCUGACAGUAAAGAAGGUCGGAAAAAACAUAACCUUGGUCUCGUUCAUCAGAGAAUGAAAGAAGCACAUUUCAAACAGUUUACAGAUUCUAGAACAAAGCUCGCUCAAGAGCUGCAGAAAACACCUUGCAGAAGAUAUUUGCAAGGAUUCCCAUGUAAGUUUGGAGAUGAUUGCAGGUUCUCCCAUUUAUUACCACAUGAAAUAGAUCAUCUGAGAUAUGCAGCUGAAAUGGAGGAGACGGCCUGCAUUAAGUUUCCGAGUCAGUUGCUGAAAAAGGAUCAGCCACCAAUAGAGGAUUUUGUGAAGAAGGUUGAACAGUUGGUGAGGGAGAAAGAAAUGGCAUCUGAUAAAUCAAGUUUAUGGUCACCAUUUGAAAAUAGAGGAUAUAUGUAGCCGGAACGACUGUGAGUUUUCCUCCGUCUCCUGGAUACAUGCACUUGCCUUUAUAGCCUUUCUAUAUUUCCCAGCAGGAUCAACAGCCAAAUGUCAAUAUGCUGCUCCCAUAUGUAACUCUAAAUGUGCUGUACGCAAAGAUCAUUUUUCUUUCUAUUCGCUAUACUAAACUAGAUAUCUGCUUUGAUUGAUUUUUAUUCCCCCCAGUUUGAUGCAUUUCAUUUUGGAAUUUAAAAAAAAAAAAAAAAAAACAGGAGGGAGCUGUGCAAAUAGAAGCGCCGGGCGAGCCCAUUUUCAAAUCAUAAUUUGGAAAACCGGUUGUUUUGAUUGAUGCGACGAACGAUCACCGAGAGGAACAGGAGAGGAACGUGUUAAGGGGCUGGAAAGGGUUGGGUCAUAUUGUUGUGACAGCCAGCGCAGCCAACUCAUAAUGCAAACAUACGCAGCAGCUAGACGGUGCGAGAGAUGAACGGAAGUUGUUAGUAGUAGUAGAUGAUGACGCGAUCAAGUCGUCGGCUGUUGAUGACUGAUGAGUUUGAUGGAGAGGCCAGUCUCAGUUUACCGUUGCGUCUAUUGUGCGGUCGACUCGAUUGUUUGUUGGCACCGUAGAUUUUCUAACGAUUGUCAUCCGGUUAUGAUGAUUGAAUUUUAUUCACUUUCCCGUAGAAUAAGCGAUAGCAAUUGGGGGGGGGGGGAAGAUAGUGCGUGACAAUCAACUAGUCGGAGCAAUACUAACCUGGGAAUAUAAUAAGACGCCUUAUGGGCCAUACUAGAUACAGCCGGCCGUGUAUUAAUGACGCAAACGUCUCGACUCCAAUAAAAACACCCGUCUAGAGAUCCGUGGAUCCUUAAUUGAUAAGAGCCCAUCUUCUAAUAUUAUCGCAACAACAUCGUCGCAGUACAACAAUAACAACACGAAUUGGCCUUGUUAUUCCACUACUGCGCAACAAUUUCUCCCGAGAUCCUCAUUUGUAGAUAUAAAAAGAUUAACGGCGAUCCUUUUUGAAACGAAAAAACUUGUCCCCCCCCCCCCUUCGCCGAAAUAAUUAUAAGCCUGUUUGAAUGAAAAUUGGGAGGGGAAUAAUAUCUAAUGGAAGUCGACACAUCCAGGUCAUCAUCAUCAUUAACGUGUACAGAGCUAUACCAACAUAUUCUGUUGUCAUUGGGGGAGAGAGAGUUGUUGCCUGACGUCUGCUAGUGUGUAAAGGGAGGAUACAGUAGACUAGAGAGUCUCGAUUGCCUAUCGCGGAUGAGAGUUGAGGUGCAUGUCAUAAAACGAGGUGGCGGGAUCACAUAAACAAACGUUAUCCACACCCAUCCGGAUGCUGUUGUGCAUUGCCCAGGUCGAGCGUUGGGGGGGGGGGGGGGGGAGCUCAAUUGAUAUGCGUGUGAUACUUUCUCUCUCUCCCACUGCACAACUCGGUUGAUGAUGGUUAACUAAGCCACGGAUGAUCACAGCAGCCCAAUCCAGCAGGAAUCCAUCCAUUCUUCUUCUUCAUUCUGUCCAGCUGUGUCCCCAA